AUGGCUUCCUUGAAAAUCUUGCUCCUCUUACAGGCUGUACUUUUAUCGGUCAACCAUGCAACAGCAAAGCCCAUCUCCUUGAUUAAGAGACAGUCGGUUGAAGACGAAUAUGACUUCGUCAUCUGCGGAGGUGGAACGGCUGGACUUGUACUUGCUAACCGGCUCACCGAGUCUGGUAACCAAAGGGUCCUCGUUUUGGAGGCUGGUGGUAAGGCCGGGGGUGGAUCUAGCUCCACAAACGGUCUGUAUUACGCCCGAGGAAGUGCGAGUGUCUACGAUGAAUGGGUUGCUUUGGGUAAUCCAGGAUGGGGUUGGGACGAUGUGUAUCCCCUCUUCGUCAAAAGCACCCACCUCAACAAGCCUGAGGACGCUGUAUAUGCCCAGGCCAAUGGCUUUGACCAGACUUUCCAAACAUAUGAAGCCGACGCUUAUGGCGACGGACCCCUUCAGCUCAGCUACCAAGGCUACGUUCCUGACUCCAAUGUCGGCUUCAUGCGCGCACUCGAAGCAAUCAACGUUUCGAUCGUGAACGAGCUGAACACCGGAAAUCCAACGGGAGUUAAGCAGGGGUUGGGCACACUGGAUAACAGACUGCGUCGGAGCUCUAGCUUUGAUAGCUUCUACCGACAGGCCCAAAAUCGAUCUAACCUGGACGUUCUUUUCAACGCACCUGUCUCAGAAUUGGUCAUGGACACGGAGGGUGACACCCCUACCGCAACUGGAGUCGUCUUUGUCGACCAGAGUACCGGGUUGAUCCACCAAGUUAACGCAUCAAAGGAAGUCAUCCUGAGCAUGGGUGCUUUCCAUUCCCCUCAGAUGUUGAUGCUCUCGGGUAUCGGGCCCGCCUCAGAGCUCGACGCCUUCGGAAUUACGCCGCUGGUUGUGAACGAGAACGUUGGACGCAAUUUGAACGAUCACAGUGUAUUCAGCAUCAUGGCCACUGCCCGACCUGAGUCCUCUACAACAGAAAUGGCUGCGACCGUGCAGAACCUGCAGAAUGCUCAAGCUCAGUACUUCCAGAACUUAUCAGGGCCAUAUACUGCCCCCUCUGGUAUUACCAAUGGCUUCCUAAAAUUCUCAGAAGACGAACUUGAAGCCCUCAAUCUGACCGAGAUCAUCACUCGUAAUCUCGCUAGUCAGAAUCAUAUCGAGUUUCUUUACGAAAGCGUGUGGUAUCCCUGGAUUCCAACACCUUUCUAUGCACCUCGAGACAAUGAAUCUUACAUCUCGCUUACCGCGAGCUCCAUGGUACAGCUAUCACGAGGGAACGUCAGUUUACGAUCAAGUUCCAUGUCUGACCCGCCCGUGAUCAAUCCAAACUACUACACCGAAGAUACCGGAACAGACCGGGCUGUCGCCAUAGAGUCAUUCCGGGAUCUGCGUCGGAUUCUCGCUGAUCCAGAGCUGUCACAGUACACCGUUGGGCCAAACAAUGGCGAGGUGAGCCCGGGAGUUGAAAACGUGUCUGAUGAUGAUGAGGAUGCUAUCUUCGAAUAUGUUAAGGCCAACACAUUUCCAAACUGGCACGCUUCUGGUACCGUGCAGAUGCUGCCUCUUGAGGACGGUGGUGUCGUCGAUCCUCGCUUGAGGGUUUACGGAGUUGACUCGUUGAGGGUCAUCGACUGUAGUGUGAUGCCGAUUUUGCCGGAUGUCAAUAUUCUUGCUUCUGUGUACAUGAUUGCUGAGAAGGGAUCAGAGCUGAUCAGAGAGGACUGGGAUGAUUAA